CGCCGCGGCGAUGGCGGCGACGACGAGAAGCCGCUGCCGCUGGACCUCAGCCACCUCUUUUCCGUCAUCACCAAGGGCCGCCAGGCCAGCAAGAUGAAGGAAGCCUACCGCCUCUUCCAGAUCCCCGGUAUCAUGAACAUUGCCGGCGGCCUGCCAAACGUGCAAUUCUUCCCCUUUGAUACCCUGGAGGCCCAGACAGCCGAGCCCGAGCGGUGGACACCGUCGCCCAACUAUCCCGGCGAAUCCGGAGCUGUUCCCGCGUCGGCAUGCGCCGCUUCGACGGCAGCUCCGACAACCACACCCGUGGCGGCGGCGCACAUCGUGGUGCCUAAGGCUGGGUCGCACGACAAGGACGUUGUUAAGCGGAUCGACCUCGAGACGGCGCUGCAGUACGGGCAGGCCGAGGGGUAUCCGCCGCUGGUGUCGUGGGUGCGCCAGUUCACGCGCGAGCAGGUGCACCCCGACGUGCCGUACCGCGGCGGGCCCGAGGUGGCCAUGACGUGCGGCUCGACCGACGGCUUCGCCAAGACACUACAGGUGUUUGCCGACCCGUGGCGCGCUGGCGUCGACGACCCCCGCGACCGCCCCGGCCUGCUGUGCGAGAAGUUCGCCUACAUGGGCGCCCUUGGCCAGGCCGCCAACCUCGGCUGGCAGCUCGUCCCCGUCGACACCGACGCAAAGGGCAUGCGCGUCGCCGGCCCCGGCGGGCUCGACGACGUCCUGUCGUCCUGGGACCCCGCCCGCGGGAGGAGGCCGCAUCUUCUGUAUACCGUGACGCUGGGACACAACCCCACGGGCAUUGUCAUCCCGCUAGACCGCAAGCGUGAGAUAUACGCAGCUUGCAGCAAGUACGAUGUCAUCAUAGCCGAGGACGAGCCGUACUGGUAUCUGCAGUUCCCGGCCGCCGCCGUUGAGGAGGCGGCAUCACGGGGCGGUAGCAGCAGCAAUCAGACGUCCGCGGACGCGCCGCCACAGCAGCAGCCGCCCACAACUGCAGGGCCGUCCUCCGGGUAUCCGUUUCUGGACUCGCUGGCGCCGUCGUUUCUCCGCAUCGACACGGACGGCCGCGUCGUGCGGCUGGACACCUUCUCCAAGACGGUGGCGCCCGGGUGCCGGCUGGGCUGGGUGACGGCGCAGCCGGCCGUGAUCGACAAGAUCAUCCGCGUGUCCGAGGCGACGACGCAGCAGCCGUCGGGCUUCGUGCAGAGCCUCGUGGCCGAGCUGGUCAUGGGCCCGCAGCCCGAGGCCGCCAAGGCGGCGUUCCGCGCGCUGGGGCGCGGCGAGCAGGCGCGCUUUGCCGGCUGGCACAUGGACGGCUGGGUGCGCUGGCUCGAAGGGCUGCGGGGGUCCUACGAGCGCCGCAUGGUGCGCAUGUGCCGGCUGCUGGACGCCGGGGCCGACCUCGUUGACAUGUUCUCGUCGCCGCUUGACUCGUUCGAAUGGGGCGUCGUCACCAAGACGCGCCUGUUCGACUACCAGUGGCCGCGCGGCGGCAUGUUUAUCUGGCUGCGCGUGCACUUUGAGCGGCACCCGCUGUGGCAAGCACCCGUCAUCGUCUCCUCGUUAUCAUCCGACGACGACAACGGCGGCCACCACCACAUCAUGGACGGCCCAACACUAUCCCUCGCGCUGAUGCUGUUCCUCACGGCCAAGAAAUACCUCGUGCUGUGCGCGUCGGGGUCUAUGUUCGGCGCCACGGCCGCCGUGCCGGCCGCCUGGGCCUACUACCGGCUGUGCUUCGCCGCCGAGACCGAGGCCAACAUCGACCUCAGCGCGCAGCGCUUCACGGCCGGCGUGCAGGAUUUCUUCCGCCUCGCCGACGUCGCCGACAUCGAGAAGAUUCUCGAG